CAACUAAGGAAACAACUCCUGCGGCUGCAUCUAAAAAUUCAAGAGUUUUCAAUUUUUCUCCUGGUUCGGGGAAAUGAGCACUCAAGACGGAAAAUGCAGUUUUCGAUUCUUCGUUAGGCACUGCACCAUUUUUCACAGACAUUUCCACAAAUUUAAAAAAGGUGUCUUCAAAGAAAACAGCUAUUCUUCAAACAAAAAUAAAUAGAAUAGAAAUGUCACUGUUGUUUUGACAAUAAUUUAAACUGGGACUUGGGGCAAGUUUGUUAUGAAACUCAUUUGGACUUUGGAGGUGGAGUUUUCUAAUAAUUACUAUUUGAAAACAACUCAUGGAAAACUCUUUUAUAUUUUGAAAAAGUCUUUAUUUAAUGAGUUUAGAACAUAGAUGUUUAGAAGGCAACAAUGUAAACAGGCUAAUAACACAGCUGUACAUUAAAUUUGUGAACAUCAGCUGAUUGUAAUUUGUUUUCUUUUUAGUUCUAUGUAGAUAUUUUAUCUAUUUUUAUUUAUUAUUCAAAACCAUAGAGAGAUGGUGGAAGAAACGGCCAAUAACACUAACAACAAGCCAAAACAAAAAACCAACAAACCGAAAUCGGUGUACGAGUGGAACGUUCGCGACGUACAAAAUUGGCUCAGAAGGCACUGCAGCGACUAUCAUCCCUUGUACGCAGACAAUUUUGUUCAGCACGAUAUCACUGGCCGUGCUUUGAUCAGAAUGAACGAUAACUCUUUGGUUAGAUUGGGCAUUACUGAUGCAGUUCACAGAGAAGGUAUUUGGAGGGAGAUUUUGAAAUUGAGACUCAAAACGGAUAUAAUAGAAAUUAGAGACCUACAACUUAGAACAAAUAGUUAUAAUUAAUACAAACAUCGAACUGUUGCCUACCAACUACUUCAUAGAUUUGAGAAAAUGGAUUGGAUUCAAUUUAAGUUCUAUCAUUCGAGGCAAAUAUAGGCCAUCAAUUACUGUAUUUCUUUUACCCGUCGAGUUACUCGGAGCUGCUCAAUGUUAAAAGCUUGAACGUUCUUUUCAAAUGACGGUAAUGUUAAUAUCAAAAAAUAAUGGAAAAAUCUGAAUUCUGUGUUUUUAAGUGACUCCGAGGAGCUCGUUCGGUGUAACUCGAUGUAUAAAAGGAAUAAAGUAAAUGAUAACAAGAUUACUGAUAAAUAAAACAAUAAAAAGCUAAUUCUUUAUUAAGAAAAAAAGACAUCUUAAAAUAAACUAAACCAUAAAAAAUAACAAAAAAAAAAACUUUUAAUAUAACACCAAUUUCAGUUAAAAUAUAUUGUUUUUAAUUAGUACAAACAAACAUAACUAGGACAAUAAUUAUUAUUAAGGCUUAGGUAUAAUAGAAGUACAUAGGUAUGAAUUAUGCAUGUAUUUUUGUUAGCUAUAUUUAGUUUUUAACAGUUAUUAUAAGCAACAAGAAAAAAUAAAUUGUUUAUGAUUUAAACUUGUUUUUUGGCUAAAAAUUAUAAGAUCUCGCAACUAAAAAUAAUACUAUUUUAGCUUAAAUAGACUUGUAAUUGCAAGGCCAGCUGUAUCAGAACUUUAAUGCCGGGCAUAAAACUAGCUAUUUGGGCAAAAUCAGGUCCCUGUACUAAUUGGGUGUGCAAAUGCAGCCCGCUGGUGUAAUCUCCUCCUUGUACAAAUUGAACUAUCUGAUGCAGAGAUGAUAAAGCAUUGGAUGAUA